AAAAAACUUUUUUGUAUCGAAGGAAUCAACAGCCGCCAUCUUGUCGUGGCUCGGAAUUAGGAUUUCGGUUCAACACUGGUUUUUAGAUAGAACAUCGAGCAUCCUGACCGCGAUCUGACAGCGUCCUUCCCCUAAAAACGAAAUCUUAACAUCCCCUCGGAGACAUUUUGUGCGAAAAAACGGGGAUUUGAUCGGUGGUCGUCGGGCAAAAAGGCUCCGUAUAUCUGAUUUCCCCUUCAGAGUGCGGCGAUUCAGCCACUGUCGCCGUCCAGGAGCAGUAUUGUUUACCGUGAGCAAGCGGAGACAAGAUAGUGACUUUCGAGUUGACUUGCAAAAAUACUGCAUUUUUAUGCAAUUGUGCAUUUUUGUGGAGCUUCGCGCGAUUUUUGCAUGAAGAAAUUUGACGUCACGCAAAAUGGGUACUUGGAGCAUCUAGACAUUACGAUUCUCCCACGGAGUGCAGCAGUCCUGCGGAUUAUUAUUAUUACAGUGUCAUUUUGAUUUUCGAUUUUUACAUGGGGGAUAUUUUAUUUUGGUUUAUUUAACGAUAAUAAUGUGGGUGUUGGGUGUUGGAUUAUCAUGGGGUGAAUGGCAGUGGCGAAGCGGGGCGCUGUUGCAUCUCUUUUGAAAGACUCGCAGCAAGCUAACGCUAACAGUUAAUUUAGCUAGUAGCAGGCAAUUAGCUAGCUAUUAGCCAGUUAGCUAACGCUAGCAGGCUGCCAGCUUGCUAAUGUGUUAACCGGGAAGCUUCGGGUUGAUACAACAACUUCCCUGUCAUAAGGUAACAAUAUUUAUCAAGUUAAGUAACGAGCCGGGCAUAGAGAACAACUAUGGCUGAUAACCUGCUGGACGUCGGACCUCCCAACUCUAAGCGGCCGAAGCUGAGUUCACCUGCCCUGUCAGCGUCGGAUGGACCAGAUCUGGGGUCACUAUCCUGGGAUGAUUUGGAGAAUGACCUUCCCGAUGAGUUGAUCCCUAAUGGAGGAGAUCUGGGCCCGAUGGGUGGGAUGCCUUCAAAUGUUGGAGCAGCACCUGGCCCCGGUGGAGCUUCUGGUGUACCGGACGCAGCCGCCAAGCACAAGCAGCUCUCAGAGCUCCUUCGAGCAGGAAGCAGUAUCGGGGCCGCAGGGCUGAAUUCAGCUAGCCCUCAAACAGGCGUUUUGGGUCCUCAGCUGGGGACACCAAUGAGAAAGAGCCCCAUUGGACAGGGUUCCCCCAACAACCACCCCUCUCCCCAGGCCCAAAAAGCAGGAACCCCAACAGGAGUAGGAGGACAGAAUAACAACAAUAGUCCUGCAACAAUGGGCUUCAACCAGACCAUGAUCAACAAUAACCAGGGUCACGCCGGGCUCAUGGCCCAGGGCGGGCAGUCCCAACCUGGGCAGGUGAUGAAUGGGGGUCUCGUGCCUGACGCUGGGAGAGGACGGGGGGCAGGGGUAGCAGGCAUGCAGUACCAGGUACAGAAAAUGCAGGGAGCGGCUCCAGGACCAGGAGGAGCUGGAAGUGCGUUGGCAGAAACACUCACCCAGGGAGCACAGCCGAUGGGGGCCCACCCCACGCUCAGUGCAGCCCAACAGGCGGCCAACAUGAACAAGCAGCCGCAGCAGCAGGCGGCGGCGCUCCCACUGUCCGGCGGCGGGGGUGUGGCGGUAUCAUCGGUGGGCCCCACAGCCGACCCAGAGAAGCGCAAGCUGAUCCAGCAGCAGCUGGUCCUGCUGCUGCACGCUCACAAGUGCCAGCGACGGGAGCAGGCCAAUGGGGAGGUGAGGGCCUGCGCCCUGCCGCACUGCCGCACCAUGAAGAACGUCCUCAACCACAUGACCCACUGCCAGGCCGGGAAGUCCUGCCAGGUGGCACACUGUGCGUCGUCCAGACAGAUCAUCUCGCACUGGAAAAACUGCACGAGACACGACUGUCCUGUCUGCCUGCCGCUGAAGAACGCCAACGACAAGCGCACCCAGCAAACCAUGCUAGGCUCCCCCAAUGCGAGCCUCCAGAACGCCAUGUCCUCCGUUGGUGUGGGCCAGCCCAGUACUCCCACCAUCAAUACCUCAACCCCCAUAGACCCCAGCUCCAUGCAGAGAGCAUACGAGGCACUUGGGCUGCCCUACAGCAGCCAGACCACUGGGCAGGCCCGGGGGGCCGCGGGCCAGACUGGAGGCGCACCCAACACACAACAACAGCAGCUCCCGCAGAUGAGACCCAUCAAUGCACUUGGUAACCAGAUGGCUCUUGGAGGCGGGACUCCGGGCGUGACCACUUCAGAUCAGACGAACCUGCACACAGACGCCCUCCCCAACACACUCAACACUAACAAUCAGCUGCUGUCAGACGGGUCCUCUGUGGGCUCGCUGGGUAACCUUCCCACAGCAGCACCCAUCUCUGCCACAGGCACCAGGAAAUCCUGGCACGAGCACGUCACUCAGGACCUGAGGAAUCACCUCGUGCACAAGCUAGUACAAGCCAUAUUCCCCACGCCUGACCCGGCAGCUUUGAAGGACAGACGAAUGGAGAACCUGGUGGCUUACGCCAGGAAGGUGGAGGGGGACAUGUACGAGUCCGCUAACAGCCGGGAUGAAUACUAUCACUUCCUGGCUGAGAAAAUCUAUAAAAUCCAAAAGGAGCUGGAGGAGAAGCGGCGCUCCAGGCUACAGAAGCAGAUCAUCAACCAGGCUCCUCUGGCCGCCCAGGGGAACCAGCAGCCCGGCCUCCCCCAGCCCAAUGCCUUCAGCCCAAGGCCACAGAAUGGGCCUGUUCCUCUGCCCAACAUGCCAAAUCAAAUCAUGAAUCGCAUGCAGGUUUCACAAGGAAUCAACCAGUUCAACCACCUGGCUCUGCCCAACGCCCAGAUAUCCCAGACACCAAUGGGAGCCCGAGCCGCCUCACCCAUGAACCACCCACAGCAGAUGAACAUGAGCUCCGUCCCAGCGAUGGGCAUGUCCCCCUCCAGGAUGCCCCAGGCUCAGGGCAUGAUAGCGGCACAUGUCGGUGCUAACAUGGUCGGCCAGACGGCUAGCCAGGGACAGUUCCUGGCUCAGACCCAGUUCCCUCCAGGAUCAACUGCAGUCGCUGCAACGGGGGCCUUGAAUGUCACCGUGGGGCCCGGCAUGGGCCAGCCACCUGCACAGGCUGCCAUCACCCAGCAGCAGCAGGGCGCUAACCUCCCCAUGAAUGCACUUGGCCCCUCGAUGGGCCCUCAGCUAGCCUCCUCCCAAACCCCCUUGCACACCACGCCUCCUCCUGCCGUCUCCACGGCUGGGGGGGCCACUAACCUGCCACACCCCCAGCCCUCCAGCCGCAGCUCUACCCCCAACCUCCCUGGCCCCGCCCCAGCCCCGGGUGCCACCCCGCCCCGCCCCACCCUGCCCCCACCCCCGGCGGAGCUCCCUGCUGCGCAGCCUCCGCCCCUGCCUCAGCCCCCUUCCACGCCGCUCUCUCAACCAGGGGCCAGUCUAGAUAACCGGGUGCCGACACCGGCCUCGACCAUCAGCGCUGACCUGCCUGCACAGGAGGUCAAAGCAGAAGCACACCGGGAGCAAAAAGGGUUUGAGGCCGCAGGCGGCAAAACUGAGCCCAAGAUGGAGACUGAGGAAGACUCUGCUUCAACGGUGCUGGUGAAGAAGGAGGAGCCAGAUGUAAAGCCGGAGCGAAUGGAGGUGGAGGAGAAAAAGCCAGAAAUGAAGACAGAACCCAAAGAAGAAGAAGAGGGCGGAGCCAACGGCUCAACCUCCUCAUCCCCCACUCAGUCACGGAGGAAAAUCUUUAAGCCCGAGGAGUUGCGCCAGGCUCUGAUGCCUACUUUGGAGUCUCUCUACAGGCAGGACCCCGAGUCGCUGCCCUUCAGACAGCCAGUGGACCCCAUGCUCCUGGGAAUCCCUGACUACUUUGACAUAGUGAAGAACCCUAUAGAUCUGUCCACGAUAAAGCGAAAGCUCGACACGGGCCAAUACCAGGAGCCGUGGCAAUACGUUGAUGACGUCUGGAUCAUGUUCAACAACGCCUGGAUCUACAACCGCAAGACGUCCCGCGUCUACAAGUACUGCUCCAAACUGGCCGAGGUGUUCGAGUCCGAGAUCGACCCCGUCAUGCAGCUCCUGGGCUACUGCUGCGGGAGGAAGUACGAGUUCUCCCCUCAAACCCUUUGUUGCUAUGGCAAGCAGCUCUGCACCAUCCCUACUGGAGGAACAUACUACAGUUACCAGAACAGGUAUCAUUUCUGUGAGAAGUGCUUCAAUGAGAUCCAGGGGGAGAGUGUGACGCUAGGGGACGAUCCCGCACAGCCACAGACGAGAAUAUCAAAAGACCAGUUUGAACGAAAGAAGAACGAUGUUCUCGACUCUGAACCGUUUGUUGAUUGUAAAGAUUGUGGACGGAAGAUGCACCAGAUAUGCGUCUUACACUACGACACCAUUUGGCCAUCUGGAUUCAUCUGUGACAAUUGUUUAAAGAAGAGUGCAAAAACACGGAAGGACAACAAGUUCUCUGCAAAACGGCUGCAGUCCACACGGUUGGGAAUGUACAUAGAGGACCGUGUGAAUAAAUACUUGAAGAGACAGAACCACCCGGAGGCCGGAGAGGUGUUUGUGCGGGUGGUGGCGAGCUCCGACAAAAUAACGGAAGUAAAACAGGGCAUGAAAACCAGGUUUGUGGACACAGGUGAAAUGCAAGAGACCUUCCCCUACAGAACCAAAGCACUUUUCGCCUUCGAGGAGAUUGACGGCGUGGACGUGUGUUUCUUUGGCAUGCACGUGCAGGAGUACGGCUCAGAGUGCGCAUUCCCCAACACUAGACGGGUCUACAUAUCAUACCUUGACAGUAUUCACUUCUUCAGACCUCGGAUUCUACGAACAGCAGUUUACCACGAGAUCCUCAUCGGCUAUCUGGAAUAUGUCAAGAAACUCGGGUAUGCCCAGGGCCACAUCUGGGCGUGUCCUCCCAGUGAAGGAGACGACUACAUCUUCCACUGCCAUCCUCAGGACCAGAAGAUCCCCAAACCCAAGAGGCUUCAGGAGUGGUACAGGAAGAUGCUGGACAAGGCCUUUGCAGAGAGGAUUCUGCAUGAUUACAAGGACAUCUGCAAACAGGCGACAGAGGACCGCCUGACCACCGCCAACGAGCUGCCGUACUUCGAAGGAGACUUCUGGCCCAACGUGCUGGAGGAAAGCAUCAAGGAGCUGGAGCAGGAGGAGGAGGAGCGGAAGAAGGAGGAGAACACUGCUACCACUGAAACUCCAGAGGGUACACCAACCGACAGCAAAAACGCUAAGAAGAAGAACAACAAGAAGACCAAUAAAAACAAGAGCAGCGUGAGCCGAGCCAAUAAGAAGAAGACUGGGAUACCGAAUGUAGCCAAUGAUCUGUCCCAGAAGCUUUACGCCACCUUGGAGAAGCACAAGGAGGUGUUCUUUGUGAUCCACCUCCACUCCGCUCCCAUGGCCAACACCCUGCCGCCCAUCGUGGACCCCGACCCCAUGCUCUCCUGUGACCUAAUGGACGGCCGCGAUGCCUUCCUGACUCUGGCCCGGGACAAACACUGGGAGUUCAGCUCCCUCCGGAGGUGCAAGUGGAGCACCAUGUGCAUGCUGGUGGAGCUGCACAACCAGGGCCAGGACCGCUUUGUCUACACCUGCAACGAGUGCAAACACCACGUGGAGACUCGCUGGCAUUGCACUGUGUGCGAGGACUUUGAUCUAUGUAUUAAUUGCUACAACGUGAAGGGCCACGAGCACCAGAUGGUGAAAUGGGGCCUCGGCCUGGACGAUGACGGCAGCGGCCAGAGUGGAGAGGCCUCCAAGAGCCCGCAGGAGAGCCGGCGCCUCAGCAUCCAGCGCUGCAUCCAGUCCCUGGUCCACGCAUGUCAGUGUCGCAACGCCAACUGCUCUCUGCCGUCCUGCCAGAAGAUGAAGCGAGUGGUGCAGCACACCAAGGGCUGCAAGCGCAAAACCAACGGGGGCUGCCCCGUAUGCAAGCAGCUCAUCGCUCUGUGCUGUUACCACGCAAAGCACUGUCAGGAGAACAAGUGUCCCGUCCCGUUCUGCCUGAACAUCAAGAACAAGCUCCGCCAGCAGCAGCUGCAGCACCGCCUGCAGCAGGCGCAGCUCAUGAGGCGGAGAAUGGCCUCCAUGCAAGGCAGAACCAUGCCGCUACCGUCCCCCCCGGCCUCUGCUGCCCCCAGCACUCCCAGUGCCCACACCCAGCCCAACACACCUCAGACCCCUCAGCAGCCGCUUUCCAACCAGCCGCAGACCCCCAACUCGGCAGGCGUCAUGUCCCCAACUUUUCCCAACGUUCCUCGCAACGGGCAGCCUCAAGCACCGGUGUCCCAGGGCAAGCCCGGACCCCAGGCUUCCCCCCUGCACCAGCAGCAGUCCCCUCUCCCCCAGCCCCCACUCCCUCAGCAGCUCCAGCAGCAGCCGCCCCUCGCUGCAGUCAAGAUGGCGCGGCACAUCGAGAUGAUGGCACAGGCCCAGCAGCAGAACCAGCAGAACUACCGGGUCAACAUGAACGGCUUAACCAUGAACCCCCAGCAGCCUCAGCAGCGCAUGCCCGGGCCGAUGCAGCCGCCCAUGCAGAUGGUGCCGGGCCCCCGAGGACCCCAGGUCAUGCAGCCCGGCAUACAAGGUCAGUGGCCAGGAGCCGCGGGGCCGAUGCAGGCGGUUCAGAGCCAACAAGUGGGCCUGGUACCAGGCCAGGCGCCGCAGCAGGCCCUGAGCAUGCAGCGAGGCCUGAUGGUCCCGGGGCAGCAGCCGGGACAGAGGAUGAUGAUUCCCCAGCAGCCUGGUGCUCGGCUACAAACGCCCCAGAGACCGGGAGCCAUCGCACCAAACGCCCUGCAGGACCUGCUCCGCACGCUCAAGUCUCCGAGCUCCCCCCAGCAGCAGCAGCAGGUUCUCAACAUCCUCAAAUCAAACCCUCAGCUGAUGGCUGCUUUCAUCAAACAGCGAACAGCCAAGUACCACGCCAACCAGCCGCAGCAACCGCAGCAGGCGGGUCAGCAGCCGCAGCAACCAGGCAUGCCAGGGAUGCAGACCAUGGCCCUGCCAGGGGGGGCAGUCCAGAGGCCGGCGAUGCCCCCCCAGCAGCCGCAGCAGCCCCCUGCACAGGGCUUGGCUGCAUUAGGUGCCCAAGGGAUGAUCAACGCAGCCCACACCAACCCACAGAUCCAGGAGCUCUACCGUCGGCAGCUUUUAAGACAACAACAACAGCAACAACAACAGCAACAACAACAGCAGGGGGUGAUGCCUCAGGGCCAUCCAGGCCAGUUCCCGGCUCAGACGCAGGGCACGGCAGCGACAUACUCCCAGCUCCGCAUGCAGCAGCAGCAGAUAGCCAUGCAGGCCAAUGCAGGAGCCGCCGGGGGGCCCAUGGGACCACUGCCCCCCAUGGCUCAGAUGGCCCAGCCCGGCAUGGUGACGGACUCCACCAAGGCCUUACUGCAUCAGAGAAUGCUCCAACAGCAGCAGCAGCAGGCCAUCCUCAAGCAGCAGAUGGGCUCUCCUGCACAGCCCGGUCCCAUGAGCCCCCAGACCCACCUGCUGGCUGGCCAGCCCCAGGGUGGAGCCCACCUCCCCGGACAGCCCACACUAGUAAACGUCCUCAACAACCAGGUCCGCUCCCCCGCCCCGGUCCAGUCCCCCUGUCCGCCCUCGCAGCAGCAGCCCCAGCAGCCGCGGCCACAUUCCAGCCCCUCCCCGCAGGUCCAGCCCCAGCCCUCGCCCCAGCACCCGCACCACUCUGGUUCCCCCCACCCGGGACUAGGGGGCCCGCUCUCAGGGUCCCUGGAGCAAGGACAUGGGACACCAGAACAAAGCGCUAUGCUCCCGCAGCUUAACACGCCCAACAGAGGGGGGCUGAAUAGUGACUUGGGUUUGGCGGGAGACGCUACAGGGGACACUCUGGAGAAGUUUGUGGAGGGAUUGUAGCAUUUUUGCUCGGAACUAAAAAAAAAAACACAAUCUCCAUCCCCACUCUAUUUUUCCUCGGACUCUUUGUCCGAUGGAGGGCUUUGUUUGUUCUUUCUAAGGUUGAGAGCAUUUUUUUGUACUGACAUGUAAAAAGUUUCAACUGUUGUAAAAAAAGAAAUUUGGUCGAGGAAAAAAAUAACAAAAAAAAAGCUAAAACUUCGAGGGAAUGUAAUUGUUUCCUAAAAGUUGCUUCUCAAAUGGAAUUUAAAUCACAAAGAAUAUAUUUUUUGGUUGAGACCAAAUGUGUUCAAUACUCAAUUUAUUUUUGGUUUGUUUUUGGUAUGUUUUCAUGCCUUUCUCCUUUCUUUUUUAAAAAGAAAAUGUACAAUUGCAUUAUAUUAUUCAUAUCUUUUUAUUUUGUACCUUUGGAAAAUAAACUUAAAUAAUUGUUGUGUUGAAACUGUAAAAUAAUUUGUCUGGGAAUUUGGGCCAGGUUUUCGUUCUUUUCUCAAGCUGUUAUUCCUGGCAAUUGUAAUCUAGUGUUGUACGAUUACUCCGAAACGAUGCGUUCAGGGACCGCUCCCCUCCUCGUUGUGUGUAUGAAGAGCACUCAGUUGUAUUGAAAUAGGAAAUGGACUGCGGCGGUUGUUUUAUACACGGGCAUGUACACGGGCGCACAUGAAGACACUCACACAAACCCUCACUGUCACCGAAAUAACGUCAGCUGGUUUCACAAACACAGAAAACAAGGACUGCAACCUACAUCUCAGUUGCCUGGAAAUGGGAAAACGUUGUCUUGCUGGUGUGGAACAUUGUUGCUUUGACAUUAAAAAAAAUAAUUUGUCAUACAAAUGUUGUAAAGUGUGAGAAAGAGACCAGCCCCCUAAGCUGAGGUGGAAUGAUCACUGGUUGUUUGUCGGACACAUCUCUGACGGAGCCACAUCCUCUAAAUGUUACACUAAGCUGUGUGCGAUAGAGAUGAAAGGCACGUUUGAGAUUCACCCUGAGGAAUAUUUCAUCAACUCUCAUUCCGCUCACUAAAACUUGAAUUGGGGGGAUUUACUUUUUCUCCUAUUGUAAAUCAAGUUAAGAAAAAUACUAUAAAUAUAAGGAAGAGAGAUGAAAUCACUGUAUAAACUGGUUAAAGACUCAUUUCUUACUUAUAUACCAUAUUGUUAAAUAAACUGUGCAGCAGAAUAUCUCCAGUACUCUGUUGACCAAAUAAUGAAGCAUCA